AUGGCGAUAACGGUGAAUGAAGAAAACGCUUACUUUCAUGUUAAACAAACAUCCAAUAUUCGAGGUCCACCGGUCCUGAGAAUGCGAGGGAAGGGCUUGAGGCUCAAGUCAACUAUCGAGGAAGAGGACCCUUGGGAUGGCGAAAGGGAGCUGAUAAAACUCAGUGUGUUGCAGCAUAGUGAUGAGGAAGCAAGCAGUUCAUCUGCCCUUUCGAGCACCGGACCGAGCUCGGAUCGUUCAGUUAUCACCUCAACGGACACGUCAUCGGAGAGGAUGAGCAGCGGUGAGCCGAUCCCGUGCCUCUCCGUCGGCCCGUACCAUCAGCGUCCGGCGCCUAUUCUUGCAGACAACGCUUGUAAGUUUUACGUUUUUUAUAUCACGUCAUUUCACUGCUAUUGUUUCUUAAUUUCAGUGCAGCUGUCAUUUUUGGUAUUUUAG